AUGAUUGAUGCUUAUCCAUUACCAAAGAUUUAUUUAAAUCAAACAUCAGAUAAAGAUGAAAAAUAUUCAAUUGCAUUUGAUAUUGAUCAAAAUGAAACUAUAUUAUUAAUAAAACAAGUUAAUAAAGUUGAACAUAAAAAUACCUAUAUAUGUCACACAACGAAUGAAUUUGAUUUAGCUGACAUGCAUACAAAAUUACUUAUUCUUAUUAGACUUUAUUUUAUUGAAUAA